GCUGAUCAUUCAGCCAAUCAUAGUACGCGGUGUCUGCUACCGGAAACGAUAGUCAUUUAAUCGGCACCGAUGUUUUACCAAGAACUGUUUUCAGCUCCCAUAGCUAGCUAACUGCUUUGAAAGGCGAUGGCUGUUCGAGCCUGUGGGCUCAUCGUGUUCCGGCGGCUGACCCAGACCGCUGCUGCAGACAGCAUCCAGUACCUUCUCCUGCAGACCUCUUACGGCGAGCACCAUUGGUCCCCACCCAAAGGCCACGUGGACCCCGGCGAGGACGACAUGGCAACGGCGCUGCGCGAGACGCAGGAGGAGGCGGGGCUGGGGGUGGGGCAGCUGCGCGUGGCGGAGGGCUUCGUGAGCGAGAUGCGUUACAAGGUGCGGGGCCGGCCCAAGGAGGUGGUCUACUGGCUGGCCGAGCUCGCGGACCCGGAAACCGCCGUGACCCUGUCGGACGAGCACCAGGACUACCGCUGGGCGGGGCUGGACGAGGCCUGCUCGCUGGCCGGCUACAGAGACCUGCAGGGGGCGCUACAGGACGCACACCGCUUCCUGCUGGCAGGGCAGAAACAGUGAACCUGCGUACCCCCUCCACCCACAAACAAACUGGACUAACAGUUCAGUGAAGAGAAAAACACAUUUAACACAUUAAAGAAGGGAUUCCAUAACUGGGCCUUGAGAUAAAUAUGACAAAAGUAACCUCCUGUGUGUGAUGCAGUACUGCUUUCCCCUUGUCAGUUACACCAGUAAGAUUGAACCCUGCAACCAUGACUGCACUUGCCACUGUGUACAUGCAGCUGUUUUGAAAUUGAAUUUUUAUUUUUCAAAUAUCUGAACACAAUGGGCUUUAUUUGAAUAAAGGGCGGACCACAGGAAGUGUGCUUGCACACUAAGAGGGUUGUGGGCUCACAGUUUGGGACCAGCUGGGUUAAUGAAUCCCACCAGGUGUGAGUGCAGAUAACUGAAUCACACUGAGCACAGCUGGAAUAUGUUCAGCCCACUUAAUUAAAAUCCAGCUCAUGAAUAUAAAAAUGGCCACAAUGUUCCGAGUAUUUUAGAUACCAGUAACUGCUUCCUUCCCCAAACUCAAACUGGCCGCAGCAGCCAUAGCAACUGUACUAGCUGAUUCACUGAGACGUACACAGAGAUCCAACACUUGUUAGUGCAGACAUGGACACUUAAAAAUACCCUGUAAUACCCUGUAAUAACCUGUAUCACCCUUACUUGUCAUGUUGGCAUCAACAGCCGCCCCCCGAUACCUUUUAUUCUCUGCCAUGUUUGUAAAUGCACACAUCAACAACGGUGUAAUUAAAGUCUAAUUGCUGUGACAGCUAAA